AACGAUCUAUGAACCUUUUACAACUACCAAGAUGAUAUCAUCGGUGCUUCUUCUCAUAGCAUUUGUCUUUGGAUUGAUUGUGAAUUCUUUGUAUCUUUGGGUCCUUUGGUUCAGGAUGAGAAGAAUGAUGAACACAACCUGGUUCUUUCACUUGAUUUUGGCCAACUUCUUUUUUACCCUCAUCAUCCCAUUCCUUGCUGUGUAUGCGAUGAUGAAACCUCGCUGGAUCUUUGGCCUUUUUAUGUGCAAGUUUGUUAACUCUUUUAUGUCAGUAUGUAUGUAUGAAUCUGUGUUCAUCCUCACAACAAUUAGCCUGGACCGAUACUGCUUGGUGUUUUACCCUCAUUGGUACAGGGAACAUAUGACCCCUCGCAAAGCUUCUCUUAUCUGUGCAGCAUUGUGGACAUUUGCUCUUUUAUUCAGCUCGCCUUACCUAGCAUUUCGGAAUCUAAAAUAUACAAAUAACAUCACCAUUUGCUACAAUGACUACACCUUUUCUGGCAAGUUGGAUCAAAGACAGAUCAAAUGGUCCUUCUUUGGAUUCCGCUUGCUUGUGGGAUUAUUAAUUCCUCUCGGUAUAAUCACAAUUUGUUAUCUCAGUAUUUUCAUCAAGAUAAAGAGCGAAAAAAUGGCUAAGUCUACCAGACCAUACAAGAUCAUUUGUACAGCUAUCCUGUCCUUCUUCAUCUCUUGGACCCCUUAUCAUAUAUGGUAUGGAAUGAGUGUGGAGCCUGGCAAGUUCUCAGAGACGACACUUGGGUUCUUACAAGUCCUGACAGUUAUAUUUACGUGCAUUAACUACUGCCUUACCCCGAUACUUUACCUGUUCAUUGUUGAAAGCUUCAAAAACAUAUUUAGGAGGUCCUUGGUGGCCCUAAUUGAAUUGGUACUUAAUGAAACAUACACCUCCGCAAACAGGAGUUUGGAAGACAGGAAAGAACAGGAAAGAGUAAGCAUUUCAGUAAAGGAUGUAAAAGAAGAACGCUCUUGA